GCCAAGUAGCUGAUAUGACGUAGCUGUAAGCUUGAUGUUUGUGAUGUAAAGGAAUGGGUGUACAGGAUCUUAUCUUCACCAGCGUCACCGGAAUAGGCAUGAAUAGGACAUGACAACAAAAUCACAGCCAUCAGGGGAAUACGUGAUGAAAAAAGGGCACCGAUGACGUCAAUCAAAGUAAAAAGCAAGGUUCUGACCAUGCUCGCUACACCAGUAGGUCUCUGUGGGUAUGUACGGUAACAUGUAUAUAGUACAGUACAGUUGUGUACAUCGGCGUCAAUUCGUGGAGCCGAAGUUCUGUGUCUGUUUUGUAGUAACCAACUUGUCCAUCCAGAGGAAAGACUGCGAUUCUCCAACAUAGCUAUAGGCCACGGGACGUUUGCUGGUGAGAACUUUUUAUCACGGCAGCCUCGACUUUUACUUCCGAACGUUCAACUCAAGUUGGGGCCAAUCUGCAACAACGAGCUCCGAGAUCCAACACGGCGUUUUCGGGACUCUCUUCCAAAGAGAGUGACGUCUUGAAAAAGCACCCGUGGCUCCGGACACCAGCAGACGUGGACGCCCUGACCAAAGUCGUCAAUCGGAUCAAGAUGUUUGACCGACACUCCCCGGCCAUGAAACGUGCGAUCGCGAGGUUCAUGCAGUUUGAGUCGUUUGGUAACGGCCGAGUCAUCAUCGAGCAAGGCACGCCGGGAAUCUCCCUGUACAUCAUGGUGUCGGGAGUAGUACAGGUGGUCCUGACAGAAACGGAUCCGAGAGGUAAGACCACGUCGCGGGUUGUUGGUGUGUUGAGGCGGGGUCAGUGCUUUGGCGAGCUCGCUCUCAUGCACGACACCAAGCGGAGCUCCAGCAUUAUUGUAAAGGGAAAAGCCGAGUUGAUCCGACUGGAUAAAGAUGACUUCGAGCUGGCGAGGAGGAUGACGAGGAAGCACGAGCUGGCAGAGCGGCUGCAGGCCCUGGAGAAACACGACGCCUUCAAGGAGUGGGGCGAGCUCGAUCUCCGCCAAGCGAUGAUGAGGUGCAGCGUGGAGGAGUACCCUCCCAACUCGGUAAUCUUUGGAGGCGUGGAGGGAAUUAUCGAAGAAGUGUUCUUCGUGGUCUCGGGAGAAUGUCGCAUCGUCCGCCGCAUGGCCUUCCUGGAGAGGACGCACCCGGACGGAACCAAGGCACUCGCCAUGGCACCCAAGAAAAACACCGGCUACAAACUCAAGCCUUACGAGGAAAUUGUGCCGCGUUUUCUACAAGUCAGGGUACUGAGGGAAGGCCAAUUCUUUGGAAUAGGCGAACAGCUGAAGAGCAUUUUCUAUCUAUCCGGUGGCGUGAGCAGUUCGAAAAUCCUGCGGGUGGACCGCGCCCUCCUCUACCGGCACGACGACGGCAUCACCCUCGGGCGCCUGGAGUUCAUGGCCCGGGGAAUGAUCCCGACCAAGGCGGAAACCUUCACGACGUUCAUGGAAACCCGUCUGUGGGAGAAGUUUAAAGCCAAUGUGUUGAGAGAAGUCCUGGAGAGAAAACGUACAAACAAGACACGAAAAAUGACAUGACUGACUUCAACAAAACAUUGGAAAAAAAAACACAUUCUACAUACUGAAAUAAAAAAAAUGAAAUGAGAUUCUCGUGUGUAUUAAAUGUACACCCGUAUAGAUAUAUAGCAACAAGCUCAGUGCUUGCUCAACAUCCAGCAUGCUAAGGUAGCCGUUUGGUUAAUGAAAUAACGAUAAAGAGAAAGAACAUUCUACAAAUGAUAUGCGAUAACCUUGUAAUGUACUUAGGCAUUGGGUGAGCAGAUCAAUGCUUUGGCCCUAUCAACGUUAUCAAAACAAUUAGUACCUAUACGCGUGUUUGUGUGUAUAUAUACACACCUAUGCAUGUUUACACUAUGAAGCCCUAUCUUAUCGGACGCC